AUGAAAAAAACAGCAGCAUCGAAUUUCAGCGAUUUAUAUUUGGCAUGUUGCAAUGGUGACAUAGCUGUAGUCGAACGUUUAUUGCCAGUUACUCCAUUGAAAGUUCUCAAUUAUGUAGAACCAGAUGGAAAUACUUGUCUUCAUGCUGCUUCUUCUCGUGGUUAUAAUAAUAUUAUUACACUUCUUCUAAGACAUGGAGCAUCGCGUCGUGUACAAGAUCGGAAUGGUCGUUCACCUUUAGAAAUAGCAAGAACAGGAGAUGUUGCAAAACUUUUUGCUCGUCCGGUAGAAGCAGCAGAAAAACGCUUUAGUGCUAGUCCAGCUCAGCAACCUGAAUGGCAAUUCGAGAACGAUCGUGCUGAAUCAUUUUCACGUGCUAUUCAUUGGGGAUGUAUUAAAGAUCGUGGUAUAAAAAAAACAGUUGAAAAAAUUCGAAAAGCAGGGAUGUUAGACAAUGAUGGAGAGGAAUCAACUGGAAUUGUACAAGAUUAUUUUAACAAUGCAUUACAAGAAAAGAACCCAAUAUACUUACUUACAGCUUAUACCGUUGAAAAUAAAUUUUAUAAACUACUUAAUCGCGAAAUGGCUACUGGAAAUAGUCGACAAGUGUUUGAAAAAUUACGUGGAAAAUGGACUGGUUAUUAUACAGGUAUUAUUGCGAGAAAUUCUGCAUUUGAUAAUUUUCGUUUUUCGGGACAAACAUAUCGAGGAAUGGAAAUAACUCAAUCUGAUUUUGCACAAUAUAAAAUUGGUACUGCAUUAUCAAAUAAAUCAUUUCAGUCAACAUCUAAAUCAUGGACAAUUGCUAAAGGCUUUGCUUGUCCAUCACAACCAAGACCUGGAAGAUUACCUGUAGUUAUUAUUUUUACAAUAACCGAUCGAAGAUCUGCAUUGAGCAUUGACGCUAUAUCAUACUAUCAAAAUGAAGAAGAAGUUUUGGUUUUGCCCGGUACUUUAUUUAUAGUAUCUAAUAUCAAUCAAGAUGAAUUUCCUUAUGAAGUUGAAUUAGAACAACUUGAAUGGAAGAACGAAUUUUGA